CCUCCUAUUUUUCCUCCUUUUUUGGCAGUUUCCUCCUAAACCCAACGUCACAGAGCUCCUGGGCCGCGUCACGAUCCAGCCCAGCGCGGUCUGCUCUGCUUCCGAGCGCCUUUUUUAACCCAUUUUCCCCUCUUUUUUCCGCAGGUUGGCGCUCCAUCCGGCGCGGAGGGGAGGCUGGGGAUCCUCGGCCAUGUCCACCAAAGCCCCCAUCUACCUGAAGCGCGGCAGCAGGAAGGGCAAGAAGGAGAAGCUGCGCGACAUCCUCUCGUCCGACAUGAUCAGCCCCCCGCUGGGGGACUUCCGCCACACCAUCCACAUCGGCAGCGGCGGCGAGAGCGACAUGUUCGGCGACAUCUCCUUCCUCCAGGGGAAAUUCCACCUCCUCCCCAGGACCGAGAGCGGCUUCGAUUCCGACAGGGACAGCCCCGAGGCGGCUCCCUUCGCCUUCUCCAGGACGGCCACCGUCUCCGGUCGCGAGCCGGCAUCCGAAACGUCCUCUCCCCUCCUCAAGAACGCCAUUUCGUUGCCCGUCAUCGGAGGGCCGCAAGCCUUGACCCUUCCUUCCGCCCAAGCCCCCCCGAAACCCCCAAGGCUCCACCUGGAUGACAAAGCGGCCGCCGUUGCUGCUGCCCCGCAUCCUCGCAGCCCACAGAACGGCUUCGCCGAGGAGCAGGGCAGCCCCGAGCCCUUCCUCUCGCACGCCGGCUCCCUCCUCUCCCUCCACGUGGAUUUGGGGCCGUCCAUCCUGGAGGACGUGCUGCAGGUGAUGGAGAAGCACCAAGGAGGGGAGGAGACGGCGCCGGAGAUCUUGACGUGAGGGUGAGCCGAGAACCCCUCGUGCGAACGGGACGUGAGCGUUUCUCCCGGGCACCGUGCCCUGCAGCGCUGCGGGUUCCACUCCAGGAGCGGGGGGAGGGGAAUAAUUAAACCCCCCCCCCACCACGAGGACGCGAGGCAGCGCUGCUGUUACGGUUGCCGGCAUCGACCUUCCCUUUAGCGACGGAUGGUGAUGAUGACCCAGAGGAAAGGAAGCGCCGGUGGAAACGCUUCCGGAUGGGGAGCGAAGCCCGGAUGGAAUUCCCAAUGGAAGGAGCUGCUUUUUUUUUUUUUUUUUUUGGGGGGGUGGGUUUUAAAAAAAAAAAAACCCACCCCACCCCCCCCCCCCCAAAAAAUUCCAACUUGCCGCAGAGAAGCAAAAAGCUCCGGUUUUGCAAGGAGAAAAAAGCGUGGCUGGAGUCCGGGGGUUGGAGUUUGGAAGCGGUUGAUAAUCAGAGGACGAGGGCAGAGACGCGAUGAGAUGCAAAUGUUACGGGUGAAUUAAUUACCCCUAACGAUGCCGUCCUCGUUAACCGCAGAUGGAGGAAGGAGGGGUGAGAGGCGGAGAGCGACGCCGGUCCCUUCUGCUUCAAAAAGCAUCACCAAAACCAUCACCAAAAACAGCGAUUUCGGCUGAAAUCAGAGCAGAGAGAGCUCCGGGAUCGGCGGAUCCUGACCUCGUUUCAUGCACUAAUUAACGAACUGCGGAACUUCUAACGAGCCGCGGCCCAAAACGAGGCUGCGUUCCCUGCUCCCAUAGAGCUCGCCGACUUCUGGUUGGUUCCCCGUGAUGAGAAAUAAUUAAAAACUGGCGCUAAUUGAGCACGGAGCGGGGCCGCGGGGUCUCGCUCCCAUUGGUUUCCCUGCUUCCUCCGCCCCGAACUCACAGCGCUUCUUCCCA